CUGGGCUUGUUUUUGUUUGGAGUGUAUUUAUAUACGGGGUCUGGUUGGUGUAGCUGGGGUUUAGAGGGGUUUAGAGGGGGUCAGUGGGAUUAUGUCACUGAGGAGGGGUCUGCUGUGGGCGCUGCUGCUCUGUUUCACUGCUGUUCUGAGCGCAGCUGGAGCCGCUGUAUCACCUGAUUUUGUGCCCGCCGCUCUGGUUGUCAUGUCCCUGAGUGGAGGGGUUCUCCUGUGGAGAAACGUAAGCCUGCAGCUGAAGGCCAGGAGCCGGACGGUAUGGAGUCUCUUGAAUCAGUACCUGGCUGUCAGGUUUGUGACCUGGUUGGGUAAAAGACAGAGAGAGAAACUGGAGAAAGACACACUGGAUAUCCGGCGAGUGCAGGAGGAAACGCUGCUCAAACGACUGAGCAAAAACGCAGACACGCUGUACGGGAGGCAGUUCGAAUUCAGCUCCAUUAAAGACUCUGAAGAAUUCCGCCGGUGUCAUCCAGUCACGGUGUACGAUCACUAUCGGGAGCUGGUGCAACAGGUUUCUUCAGGAGCGGAGAACGUGCUGAUUACAGGCAGGCCACUUAUCCUGGCUAUGACAUCUGGAACAUCUGGAAGCAGCAACAUGCUCUUGAGCACCAAAGACACCAGCACUGACUUCUUCCUACAGGGUGUGUGUGUAGGUGUGGAUGCCAUGAGGAAAGCUUUCCCAGGUUCCCUGAGCCUCCAGAGGACCCUAAAGCUGUUCUACUCUCCCACUGUACGCCACUCUGAGGGAGGGAUACCUAUCGGACCCAACUCCUCCACCCCCACCUCGUCUAAACACAUGCUCCACCUCUACACCACUCCAGCUCCAGCGUUCCAGGUACUGAAUGAGAGGGACGCUUUAUAUCUCCAUCUGCUGUUCGCCCUGAAAGACCCCCAUGUUGGUACUAUAGAAUCCAACUUCUGCUCAUCUGUGUUCUAUGCCUUCAGAGCGCUGGAGGAGCGGUGGGAGGAGCUGGUUGAUGAUGUAGAGGUCGGUGGGAUCAGUAGGACAUUGGAACUGGAUGGUCAAGUGAGGCUGGCUCUGGAGAAACUGCUGAGACCUGACCCAGGCAGGGCUUCAGAACUCCGGGCUCAGUUCAGUGAAGGCUUCCAGGGCAUUGCUCUUAGGGUUUGGCCUCAUUUACACCUGGUGCUGGCAGUGGACUCUGGAUCCAACCACAUUUAUGGAGAUUUACUGAGACAGCACUACUGCAAAGACCUGCCUUUCUACUCUCUGUUCUAUGCUGCUACUGAAGGUUUAAUAGGUGUGAACCUGUGGCCUCUAGAAGAGAAAAGGCAGUAUCUGCUCUGUCCUCGCUCCAUGUUCUGCGAGUUCCUGCCCGAGGAGGAUUUAGACUCUGAGCAGUUUCAGACUCUCCUUAUGCACCAAGUAGAAGAAGGAAAAAACUAUGAGCUGGUCAUCACCAAUGCAACUGGACUGUACAGAUAUCGCAUUGGAGACAUUGUGAAAGUAGCCGGGUUCCACAACCAGUGUCCAGUGGUGGAGUUUCUCUAUAGGCGUGGUCAGAUGUUGAACGUGCGAGGUGAGAAAGUGUCGGAGGCUAUGUUUUUGGGGGCUCUGAAGAAUGCUGUAUCUCAGUGGCCCGGUGCAAAACUGGUGGACUACUGCUGCGCUGAGAGUGGCAUCCUGGGAGACUCAUCAGGAGGAGCUCAGCCUCAUUACCAGGUGUUUCUGGAACUGAAGGGGGUCAGAAACCUCACUGAAGAGCAGAGAUAUAAGUUGGACUGCUGUCUUCAGACGGACUCGGCCGUCUACAGGUCCUUCAGGAUCAAGGGGAGCAUUGGGCCAAUGAGAGUGCAGCUGGUCAGCCAGGGGGCAUUCGAAGAACUGAAAGGUCACAUGGUCUCCUUCUCCAACACCUCCAAUACGUUUAAAAUGCAUCGCGUCAUUCGCAAGAAGGAGUAUGCAGACUUCCUGCUGGGGAAAACGGUUUCUUGAGAAACGCUGGGAUGACCAGUGUUACCGGAACAGUGCCUGACUCUGCUGGGUGUGGCCAAGUCAGUAGCAGGUUGGGAUGAUGGACCAGUCUUUUUUUAUUUUAUGAUCUUGCUUACGCUUAGUUCAGGCCUAAAAUAUGAGAGGAGAAUGAUGAAAUUGGCCCGAGGUCAUUAUAACACAGCUAAAUCAGUUGGAUGUAUGGCUGAAUUUAAAUGCAAGUCUUAACUUUAACCACCAGAGAGCAGCAAAUACAGCAAAUAUUGCUUAUUGAAGAGUCUGGACAUUUCAAAAUAGGAUGGUUUAUAUUCAUAUUUUGAAUAUUUGUGGUAAAGAAAUUCUCUCGAUAUUGAUUUAUUACUGAAAUUAAAAUGGAAAGUUAUGUAUGCAAAUACUUUUUUGUAUAUUUACAUAUUUAUAAAGCUCUGGGAAAAAUGAAGAGACCAUUUCAGUUUCUGAAUCAGUUUCUCUGAUUUUGCUAGUUAUAGGUAUAUAUUUGAGUAAAAUGAACAUUGUUGUUUUAUUCUAUAAACUACAGACAACAUUUCUCCUAAACUCCCAAAUACAAAUAUUGUCAUUUAGAGCAUUUAAUUACAGAAAAUGAGAAAUGGCUGAAAUAACAAAAAAAGAUGCAAGGCAAAGUUCAGAAAUCAAUAUUUGGUGGAAUAACCCUGUUUUUUAAUCACAGUUUUCAUGCUUCUUGGCAUGUUCUCCUCCACCAGUCUUACACACUGCCACUCCUGGUGCAAAAAUUCAAUCAGCUUGGUUUGAUGGCUUGUGAUCAUCCAUCCUAAUCUUGAUUAUAUUGGAGGUUUUCAAUUUGGUAAAAUCAAAGAAACACUUCAUUUUAAGUGGUCUCUUACUUUUUUUUCCAGAGCUGCCUUUGCCAUUUUAAAAUGCCUUACAUUUCUUUAAAAUAGAAUCUAUAUGCUUAUUACUUAUUAUUUAAAGAAUCUGUAUCCUACAUUUUCUCUGUUUUCUUCCCUGUGAGAUCCACUUAUAAUUCUCCUGUGUUUUUUUUUUAUCUUUAAAAAGGUUCAUAACUUAAUUUUGCAUUUUCUAACCUUUUUGUGUCCAUUAGAAUUUAACAGUUGUUUUCGUUACUGUGCCUUUAAGACUGAUCUCAGAUAAAUGAGCUCUGCUCUGA